GCUCUCCGCUGCCAGUGCCUCCGUGCUCCAGGGGACCACAGGUGCCCUACGUGAGGGGAAGCUUCCCUCCCACAGGAACUCACACCUGUGGGCACGAAGCCGGGAGGCCCGCCCCCUGCCUGGGUUCAUGCAGGGGAAGGCGAGGGUGGCUGGGUAGAGCGUGCCUGAGAGGUGGCUGGGCAGGUGGCUGGGCUGGUGGCCAGCUGCGCGGGGAGACCGGAAGGUGGCAGAUCUGCGGGGCGCCCAGUCGCUGCCUCUAUGUUCUCGUGCUGGGCGGGAGGAGCGGAUGUGGCUUGGGAGGCAGCCCGCUCUCCAGUCCCCAUCCACCCACAGGUUUCUUGAGUCGGAGAGAAAUUAUCUGAUAAAAUUCCUGGGUUAAUAUUUUAAAAAACGGAGAGUUUUUAAAAAUGAUUUUUUUCCCUCCAAAAUGACAUUUUUAUGCUUCGAAGCAGUUUGUCAUCAGCAUAGUGCUUUUUCUUUUCUCUUCUUUUUCUACGAUAAAUGAAAGCAUUUCUUCAAGAAAAAGGCACAGGUUCCUUGAACAGGGAGCACCCAUAACGUCAAAAUAAGAAGAGAAAAAUGGACUAAAUAUUCUGCUUCUAAAGGCACAGUCUGGAUUCUGAUGGCACCAUUACUAUAGAGGAGCAGAUUGUCCUUGUGCUGAAAGCGAAAGUACAAUGUGAACUCAACAUCACAGCUCAACUCCAGGAGGGAGAAGGUAAUUGUUUCCCUGAAUGGGAUGGACUCAUUUGUUGGCCCAGAGGAACAGUGGGGAAAAUAUCGGCUGUUCCAUGCCCUCCUUAUAUUUAUGACUUCAACCAUAAAGGAGUUGCUUUCCGACACUGUAACCCCAAUGGAACAUGGGAUUUUAUGCACAGCUUAAAUAAAACAUGGGCCAAUUAUUCAGACUGCCUUCGCUUUCUGCAGCCAGAUAUCAGCAUAGGAAAGCAAGAAUUCUUUGAACGCCUCUAUGUAAUGUAUACUGUUGGCUACUCCAUCUCUUUUGGUGCCUUGGCUGUGGCUAUUCUCAUCAUUGGUUACUUCAGACGAUUGCAUUGCACUAGGAACUAUAUCCACAUGCACUUAUUUGUGUCUUUCAUGCUGAGAGCUACAAGCAUCUUUGUCAAAGACAGAGUAGUCCACGCUCACAUAGGAGUAAAGGAGCUGGAGUCCUUAAUAAUGCAGGAUGACCCACAAAAUUCCAUUGAAGCACCUUCUGUGGACAAAUCACAAUAUAUCGGGUGCAAGAUUGCUGUUGUGAUGUUUAUUUACUUCCUGGCUACAAACUAUUAUUGGAUCUUGGUAGAAGGUCUCUACCUGCAUAAUCUCAUCUUUGUGGCUUUCUUUUCGGACACCAAAUACCUGUGGGGCUUCAUCUUGAUAGGCUGGGGGUUUCCAGCAGCAUUUGUUGCAGCAUGGGCUGUGGCACGAGCAACCCUGGCUGAUGCGAGGUGCUGGGAACUUAGUGCUGGAGACUUCAAGUGGAUUUAUCAAGCACCAAUCUUAGCAGCUAUUGGGCUGAAUUUUAUCCUGUUUCUGAAUACGGUUAGAGUUCUAGCUACCAAAAUCUGGGAGACCAAUGCAGUUGGGCAUGAUACAAGGAAGCAAUACAGGAAACUGGCCAAAUCGACACUGGUCCUGGUCCUGGUCUUUGGAGUGCAUUACAUCGUGUUCGUAUGCCUGCCUCACUCCUUCACUGGGCUUGGGUGGGAGAUCCGCAUGCACUGUGAGCUCUUCUUCAACUCCUUUCAGGGUUUCUUUGUGUCUAUCAUCUACUGCUACUGCAAUGGAGAGGUUCAGGCAGAGGUGAAGAAGAUGUGGAGUCGGUGGAAUCUCUCCGUGGACUGGAAAAGGACACCGCCAUGUGGCAGCCGCAGAUGCGGCUCAGUGCUCACCACCGUGACGCACAGCACCAGCAGCCAGUCACAGGUGGCGGCCAGCACACGCAUGGUGCUUAUCUCUGGCAAAGCUGCCAAGAUUGCCAGCAGACAGCCUGACAGCCACAUCACUUUACCUGGCUAUGUCUGGAGUAACUCAGAGCAGGACUGCCUGCCACACUCUUUCCAUGAGGAGACCAAGGAAGAUAGUGGGAGGCAGGGAGAUGAUAUUCUGAUGGAGAAGUCUUCCAGGCCUAUGGAAUCUAACCCAGACACUGAAGGAUGCCAAGGAGAAACUGAAGAUGUUCUCUGAAUGGACACUUGUGGCUGACUUUCAUGGGCUGGUCCAAUGGCUGGUUGUGUGAGAGGGUUUGGCUGAUAUUCCCUAUGUUCAAAGGCUAAAAAUUCAGAGUUAAGGUGUUACUUAAUAAAAGUUUUUAGGCUCCAUGAAUUGGCUCCUGUAAAUACUAAAGACAUGAAAAGGCAAGUGUCAAUGGAGUGGUUUAUUACCUUCUAUUGGCAUCAAGUUUUCCUCUAAAUUAAUGUAUGGUAUUUGCUCUGUGAUUGUUCAUUUUUUUCUGCUCCUUUGGGUAGAAAAAAGAUGCAAUUGCUUGGCUGUAGCUUUCUCUCAUAUAUAUCACCCUAAAUAUAAUGAUGAUCAUUUAGUGUGUAUCAUUUUCCUUUUAGAAACUAGUAUUCUCUUAUUUGUUACUUUAAUGUACUUCUAUCAUUGCAUUUAUUUUGCCUGUGCAUAGGAGCAAUUAGGAUCUAAAAAAAAUAUGGGAAGAUAAAAGAUCUAAGAACAAGUACUUGCUGGAAAAUUAGUUGGCUGGACAUUGAUAAAAUAAUGCAUUUAUAACAAUUACACGUGUUUCUGGGAACAAGGAAAAUUUCUCAAAAAAGAAUAUUUCACACAUCCCUUCUUUUGAAUGUCCUCUUUGUGACCAGCCAGACCUCAGGUCUUCACUCUUUCUUCUUUGUAAACCAUGUCUUGUAGAAAGAUUUCCUCAGUUAGUGAGCUUGUGUCUGCAAAUUGAUUUUGUUUGUAAUUUAUUUUGAUAGCAAAUCACACUGCAUCUAUAUCCUUUUCUUAUUUGAGCUAUUACUACAUUGUACUUGGCAUGUGGGAUCAAUUAAAAAUGUGUUUUAAAA